AUGUUGAAUGGUUGGGAAACGAAAAGAUCUAGGGAACCAAAUCAUUCUGAUUGGAUCAUCAUCCAAUUAGGUUAUAAAUCAUCGUAUAUUCAUAAAAUAAUUAUAGAUACAGCACAUUACAGAGGGAAUUUCCCUCAAUGUAUAAUGGUACAUGAUUUAUUUAAAGAGGGUGGAUGGAUUGAACUUGUUAGUAAAUCCAAAACAGGACCUGAUAAAAUCCAUGAAUAUAUUAUUAGUAAAAAAAUAACGAUUAGUAAAGUUAAACUGACUAUUAUACCUGAUGGUGGUGUUGAGGGGAUAAGAGUUAUGGGUAAAUAG